AUGGCCGCCAAGUUGGAGGAUAGUAAGCAUAAGUUGCAGAUAUGGUUGAUAAAUGAUUCUCUAACGCAACUUGCUUCACAUGGGCUGUUCGAUGUACACGUAAAGGCUACAGGUGAUGUACAUAUUGAUGAUCAUCACACAAAUGAAGACGUUUCAUUACUACAUCUUCAGGCUUUGCUGCAGGCUCUUGGUGAUAGGAAGGGUAUUAACCGGGUUGGUAACUUCUCUGCUCCACUUGAUGAAGCAUUAAUACAUGUUUCACUGGAUUUGUCUGGCCGACCACAUCUAAGUUAUAAUUUGGAGAUACCCAGGGUUGGGACAUAUGAUCGGGUAGUUUAUGCAUGUUUAAUUACUUCAUUGAAGUUGAAAAUUUUGUAGCAUUUCUUCGAAUCCUUGGUGAACACGUCUGGUAUGACACUUCACAUUUGGCAGGCAGGUAUUAAUACAUAGAACUUAGGUCAUAAUCAGUUAUUAAGUCAUUAAAUCUGUAAAUAUAUUUGUGCAUAUCAUUAUGAAAGAAACUGAAUGUUUAUAGAUGUUUUUUAUCACGGGUUCUUUGAUGUAAUCCUAUAGCCACAUAGGUUAGAAAAUUUGAGAUAUUGUUACUACGUUCUUCAUUGAGGCCAGGCAAACAUUCAAAGCUUUUGUCAAGGCUCUACGACAAGCAACAUAGUGUGAUCCAAGUGGUGGGACUGUACCAAGUUAUGGACCUUCAUGGAUCCUGAGAUGAAAAUAUUUUUUUUAGUGUUUUUUGUGUAUAUUUUUAAAUAAAAAAGUGAGAUUACAUCCUGUUAUCAUAAGAAUGUAAGAUUUUUUAGUGCUUCAUAAACAGGGGCCAUCAAAUAUUGUAUCCUGUUUUCACUCAUCAAAUAUUAUUUUUAUGUCAUAUAAAAUUAUAAUAUAAAUAUAUUUAUGUCGUCUCAUCU